ACGACAGGCGUCAAGUCCAGGUCACGUGAACCUUCCACCUGUAAACCUGUUGAUUUGUGCCGCUUCCCAGAGUCGCCACUCGAGGAUACGUUCAAAUCUCUGCUGUUUAUAAUUUUAUUUGUUAUUUCGUGGCAUCUCGCAGUAAAUUCGGGUUCUAUCGCAAUAUUUGUAUACUCUAUAGAAGCAUUUUUUAUGCUCUCCGACUGUGUGGACUUCGACCUCUGCGAGACACCUGCCUCAAACAAGGAAGUCUAGUUUGUUGACUGCGUCGCGGAUGAAGUCAACGAGCGGUUAGUAAAUGGGCCUAAAUUGUCACGUUUAGCUGUUCUGAAAAUAUAUUUCACCCUUAAAGCUCGUCGUGUAAUUUUGGCUCGUGGACAGUGACUUCUAAACGCGAUAAAGCUACUUCCGCCCUCUCCGGGACAAGGAAAUCUCUUUGUUGACUGUAAAGAAGAUUAACCUUUCUUCGGGAGACAUGGCUUCAUUAACCGAAAAUAAUUCGUCUGCCCUGGAUGCUUCAAAAUCAGGCAUGUCCAACAUGACCAUUAUUGUAUCAGGCAACGGAGCAAUCAUACAGAAUGGGAUGUUUUUAAACACAGUGGCUGCCCAGGUCCUUUCAGGGAUAUUCGUCUGGUCUGCCUUGCUAAUAACUUGUCACCAGAUCUAUACACACCUUAGAUCCUACACCGUCCCAAAUGAGCAGCGCUACAUCAUCCGCAUCCUGUUUAUUGUGCCAGUUUAUGCCUUUGAUUCUUGGCUCAGCCUUCUUUUCAUCAGCAACAACCAGUACUAUGUCUACUUUGAUUCUGUCCGAGACUGCUAUGAAGCUUUUGUCAUUUACAAUUUCCUGAGCCUGUCCUUUGAGUAUUUGAGAGGAGAGAGUGCAAUCAUGUCAGAGAUCCGAGGGAAGCCUAUACAAUCAAGUUGUCUGUAUGGUACCUGCUGCCUCGUUGGAAUGAGCUACUCCAUUGGCUUUUUGAGAUUCUGCAAACAGGCGACUCUCCAGUUCUGUGUUGUCAAACCCAUCAUGGCAGUCAUCACCAUCAUCCUGCAGGCCUUUGGCAAAUAUCACGAUGGAGAUUUUAAUGUGAAUGGAGGAUACCUGUAUAUCACAAUCAUCUACAAUAUUUCAGUCAGCCUAGCCCUCUACGCUCUAUUCCUUUUCUUCUUCGCAACAAGUGACCUGCUCAGACCGUACGAACCGGUGCUCAAGUUUCUCACAAUUAAAUCCGUCAUCUUCUUAUCCUUCUGGCAAGGAAUGGUCCUCGCCAUCCUGGAGCGCUGUGGCGUCAUUCCCAAUGCACUUUUCAUCGACGGACACGAGGUUGGCGCCGGUACUGUGGCGGCAGGCUGGCAGAACUUUAUCAUCUGCAUUGAGAUGUUCUUUGCUGCCAUUGCCCUCAGAUACGCCUUCACCUGCACUGUCUACCAGGAGAAAAAAAAUGAAGUGCCAGAAAUUCUCCCACCAAUGCAGAGCAUUUCCAGUGGUCUGAAGGAAACGAUAAACCCGGGAGACAUGGUGCAGGAUGCCAUCCACAACUUCUCUCCAGCCUAUCAGCAGUACACCCAGCAAUCCACACAGGAGGUGACCCUGCCCACCACAAAUGGAAAAGUGGCCACAGGCAGCAAGAGCUCCCGCAAGUCUGACAAAAUCAUGCUGAUUACAUCUGAUGAUGAGUACUAGGCAUUUUUCCAGCAAGAUCCAGGUGUUUGUGCCCUUCCCACCCCUGUUGCUGACCCCCUGGAGGAACAGCUUUAUCUUAUAGUGCAUAAAGCUGGAUUGAACCCAGGUGUUUAAUUUUCAGUUUCCCAGUAUUUCAGAUGAGCUUCCUACUUCUGUCCUGUUUCAAUGCUAAUUUGACCACAUGAUGGAUUACGUAUUAAAAUGAAUAGCUUAAUAGCCAGAUAUCUGAUCUGAGUUCAUAUCAGCAGUAAUAAUUGCAUGAAAACGACAUGUCGCCUUCACUCUAUCAGAGAAGACUGGAGCGCUGUGUUUUAUUUAAAUCAAGCUGCUGGAUUUUCAGCUGUGUCGCCGAUGCUGAUUCUGUCAUUAUGUCACUGCUCGCGCUCUGGCCGUCUGAAGUGUGCUCCCUCUGAUUCAUGUCAGUUUCAAAGAGGAGAUGAUUAAUGUGUGACUCCAGGUGGGAAGCAGGGAAGCCAGCGAUGGCUGGGAGUGGCACUUCAUGGACCGUUUCCCGCAUCUGCUUGUUUGAAGUAUUUGCUGAGCAUUCCUCAGCACGGUUUCCUGACAAAUGGAAGGAUUUGUUCAAAGACACAUUAGUUUUGGAGCAGGCACUUCACAAUGCUUUGUGUCUACCGUAGCAGGGAUAAACUGGAUAAACCUGCCUCCUACAGUGUGGGAGUUACAUUAUUCUCAUUAAUUUCCUCAGUGUGCUAAAGAGUGAAACUCAGUGCAACUAGACAGCAGUUUACUAGAUUUGUUUUUCACAGUUCCUGCAGUGUUGUAAAUACUUUUAGUGGCGCUUUAUUUUGUUUUUUUUAGGCUGACAUGUGGACAUCACUAUUUACAUUAUGAUUCCAUGUUCCAGGGAUUGUGAAAUCUGUACAGAAUUUGAUUAUUUUGAUAUGAUAUGAUAUGUUCUGUUUGGAGUAUAAUUUUAAAGAUCCUAUUAAUAUUUAUUGUGUGUAUCUCAGGCCUAGAUAAAACCAAAACCUGUGCUAGGAGAAAAAGACUUUUGCUCAUUUCUUUUUUCUUUUUUUUUUUUCCC